UAGUGACAGAGAGCUGGAGGUUAGAGUCAUUCAGGGCAGAGAGAGAGAGAGAGAGGUGAAUGAUUUUGAAAGUCGAGGAGUAAAAGAGGAAAAUCAUUGAAGCACAGCACACGGGCAAGACUAUGUUUAAAAAACUUGGAUUGAAUUUAUUUUCCUUUACCCGGCUUUCCUGGAUCCACAUCUUGCCAGCACUGCCACGUGCUCACCGCAAACACAUUUCACCAUCUGCCAGACAGAAGUUUGUGUCUGCAUCUCUUUCAUCUCCCUGAUCUGUGUCUAUCUCACUGCGCUUGUAACACAUUUGGGAUGUGUGUGUGUGAACGCGUGGGAGGUGCAGAGUUUCUGUUAUGGUUUGUGAUAUCAGUUUAACUCUGGAAUCCUUUAAGAAACUCAGCGGCAUGGAUUAAGAAAACAUGAGAGGAUCUAGGCAUGUUCCACGUCGGGACAUUUUCCUCUCUUUUGGAGAAAACGGACACCUCUGGACUUGUUUGCUGCCUAAUUCUUUUUAAUUUCUCAAUGGGUCUUUUGUGAUUUUUGGGGAGGACUUGUGGUUCUUUGUGUUUGCGUGUGAGCUUCUGCACACUCCCGUGCGUUUAUGUGCAAUGUGGUCAGCGGCUCAGGUGCCACUGGCGAUGCCCGCUGUGUGCCCGCGUUUGGGGGGUAAGGAAUGGUGUUUUCAGAAUGCGGUCGGGGUGGACUGCAGCUCUCCUGAACCUCGCUGUAUCUGGGUGGCUGUGUUACAUGGGGAAACACCACAAAUAAACAUUUCCAACCUCCAAGCCGACACUUCUGAGAGCGCAAAUGGGAUCAAUGUUGGCAGAGAUCUGCCGAAACCCUCACAGACCUGCAGGGCAAAGGGGCGGAGAGAUGGAAUCUCUUCAUCCAGUGAGAACCCUCGGCCGGUGGUCAGGAGUGGGGCAGAGGGACUGGGCGUGUCCUGGCAGGGUCCACGUACACUCGUGCUCCAUAAAAACUCUCAGGGCUUUGGCUUCACGUUACGUCAUUUUAUCGUUUACCCGCCAGAGUCUGCCCUGCACACUAAUCUCAAGGAUGAAGAGAACGGAAAUGAAAAAGAGCUCCAUCGGGGUCGCCUGGAGCCCAUGGACACCAUCUUUGUAAAGAAUGUGAGGGAGAAAGGCCCCGCCCACCAGGCUGGCUUGUGUACAGGGGACAGGCUGGUUAAAGUGAAUGGAGAAAGUGUGCUGGGUAAGACGUACUCGCAGGUCAUUGCACUGAUUCAGAACAGUGAGAGUGUCCUGGAGCUCUCAAUAAUGCCAAAGGAUGAGGAUGUUCUACAGCUGGCAUACUCCCAUGAUGCCUACCUAAUAGGUAACGAUCCAUACAAAGGAAAGGCCCAAAAUCUUCCACCACCACCCCCUCUGCUCUACCCUCCUCAUACAAAACCACAGCCUCCUGUAGAAUACUCCCCCAGUUCUUCCCCAGCCUCUCCACUCAUGGGGCAAAACCAGCUGGACAACUGGAGCCGCUGGCCCGGCUCCCCUCCGGGUCCCUCUCCACCCCUUGACAACCGCACAGUCACUUCCAGCAACACUUUCUGGGCCGCCGAAGGAACGAGCUGUGAGCCAGGCAGUUUUGGUCACAGUAGCCCUGCCCACCGAACUGAGGAGAUCCAGUAUGGAAUGACUGACAGGGGACAGCAAGCAACUAGGCAAAUGAGAGGAAGCGCAUACUCAUCCUUCUCUUCCUCCGUAGGAUUGAUGAGCCCACUGCAUCAGGCUCAUUUUGCCAAUCACAACGUAGGUACUUCCAUGGGGCACACUGGUGGUCGCAAGGAUAGUCCGCCCUGGGUGAGCCCUUCUCUGUCGACUUCCAGCCGUGGCGGACGGACCCAACAAGCUCUUACCAACUGGUACUACAGUCAGGUACCGGGUCGGGAGCGUGAGCGGGAACGAUCCAGUCCUCGCUCCAUGAAUCCACGCCACAGGAGUUUCUCACAGGAUCGUCUGGGUGAGCUUGGGAGAGCCAGACGUUCCCAGCAUGCAUGUUUUCCCAACAGCGUGUCGCAAGACACUUUGUUGCUGCUACAGCAGCAGCAGCAGAGCUCCGCCGUGUACACUGACCCAUACUGGAGCCACGGAGACUGGCGGGGUGAGCGUACUUAUGCGCAGCACCAAUCUGCCGUGUUGUAUGGGCACAAACGCUCUGAAAACCUCUUGGCAAGCCGGUACGGCCAUUCGGGGCGUUCACUGGAAACUCUCAACCGAGAUGUUGUAGGGACGUUCUCACCCAAGCUGGAUAGACCAACCAGGGUCCAGCAGCCCCCAAACAGGACUGAUUGCUAUCCGAGGCGGUUCGGCCAACACAGAGAAUUACAUAAUCACACAACCCAACAUGAACAGCACCAAAUUCAACAUCACACAACCCAUCACCUUCAACACACACCUCAGCAUCCAAACCUCACACAUGCAACACAACACACGCACCACUCGUCUCAGGCACCACCACAACCUCAGCAGGCAGCUUUACCGACAAGACAUUUACCCUCUUGCCAGAGUCUAGAUGAGGAGCCGAUCGGCUACCGCAGUUACAGCCCAUCUUUUAACCGCAAGACUGGUCGCAUCCUGCAGCAAGCACAGUCAUUUCGAGACCCCUCCUAUACAGGUCCACAUUUCAGUUGGACCCCUUCACCCAAAACCAGUCCUCCGGAUGGGCUUCCCACCUCGACUGCUCCCUCCCCAGCCCCAACGACCACCAACUCCACAUCUUCAAUUUCCACACCCCCUGAAGGACAAGACAAAACUUCGCCCACUAAUCACGACAGAGGGGCAGGGGAAGCAACAGGUGAAGCCCUGGCUCAGACACAGGAAGUGGUACUACGCCAGAAACCACCUGUUGGCCGCAGGGGUGCAAAUGCUUAUGCCAUAGCUCUUGAUUCCAGUGACCCUCUACUCUUUACCUCUGACCCUACGGACCCCCCUGCCAAAGCUGAACGGGCUAUUUCACAUCGCCGCACGAAUGGUAACCUACCACCCCUCUCCAUAGAGGAUGACUCUCUGGCGUCAAUUCCAUUCAUAGAUGAGCCGACCAGUCCAACUGCAGAUCUGCGGGCACGUCAUGUACCUGCCUCCUCCGUCGUUUCGAGUGGCGGUAUUAACUCCGCCCCUGCUGUGGUCACAAGCCCCGCCUCCCCAACCUUCACCUUUCCCCUCCACCGUCUUUUCUCCCUCGACUGCAGUGAUGUCAAGUCUAAUCGUCGCUCCUCUUACCUGUUGGCCAUUACCACUGAACGCUCCAAGUCAUGUGAUGAGGGGCUAAACGUGUAUCGAGAAGAGGGGAGGGUCUUGUCGAGGCUUCCAAAAAGAGACAAAAGCUUUUUCAACGAAGGGUCUCUGGACAGUCUGGUUGCCGCUGAAGAGGUUCGCUCUAAACGACACUCUACCUCUGAGCUGGGGAGUAUCAGCUACAGUGACGUGAAAAGAGAAGGCUGGCUACACUUUAAACAGAUCCACACUGAGAGGGGCAAGAAGGUAGGAAGUGCCAUCUGGCCCUGGAGAAGGGUCUUCUCUGUGCUACGAUCGCACUCACUGUUCCUCUACAAGGACAAGCGAGAGGCGGUGCUUAAAGGGGCAGCAUUGGGAGGCGGAGCUGAGGAAGAACAGCCCAUCAGCAUCCGGGGUUGCCUAUUAGACAUAGCGUACUGCGAAACCAAACGCAAGAACGCCCUGAGAUUGACAACACAGGACUUCUGUGAAUAUCUGCUUCAGGCGGAGGACAGAGAAGACAUGCUGGAGUGGAUCAAAGUCAUCACAGAGGACAGCAAGACAGACAAUGAGGAACUGGGUUUCUCACGACAGGCUCUCAUCAACAAGAAACUUAAUGACUACAGGAAGCAGAGCCAUGCACCUCCACGCUCACCAAAACACGAGGUCAAAGAUGAGAGCAGCCCGCCUAAAUCUCCAUGGGGCAUAAACAUAAUGAAGAAAGCUAAGAAGAACAGUCCGAAAGCUUUUGGAGUGCGUCUUGAAGAUUGCCAGCCCGCCACCAACAAUAAGUUUAUCCCACUGAUUGUGGAGAUCUGCUGUGGGUUGCUUGAGGACAUGGGGUUGGAGUAUACAGGGAUCUACAGAGUACCAGGAAACAACGCAGUCGUGUCCAGUCUACAGGAACAGCUCGACAAAGGCUGCGACAUCAACACUGCUGAGGAGAAAUGGCAGGACCUGAAUGUGGUCUGUAGUCUGCUGAAGUCCUUCUUCCGGAAACUUCCUGAACCUCUCUUCACUGAUGACAAAUACAAUGAUUUUAUUGAGGCCAAUCGUAAGGAGAAUGCCAGUGAUAGACUUAGAACCAUGAAGAAACUGAUCCGUGAUCUGCCAGAUCAUUAUUUCCACACUUUAAAGUUUUUAAUUGUUCAUCUAAAGACUGUGGCAGACCACUGUGAGAAGAACAAGAUGGAGCCACGUAACUUGGCGCUAGUCUUUGGGCCCACUCUUGUCCGGACGUCAGAGGACAACAUGACAGACAUGGUCACCCACAUGCCUGAUCGAUACAAGAUUGUGGAGACACUCAUUCAGCAUUCUGCCUGGUUUUUCAGUGAAGAACAUGAAAAGGAUGAAAAGACACCGGUGGACACAGAGGAUGUACAGCCUGCACCUAACAUAGAUCAUCUCCUGUCUAACAUCGGCCGAACAGGCCUGCUAGGGGAGGCGUCAGACUCAACCAACAGUGAUUCUGCAAAAUCAAAGGGAUCAUGGGGAACAAAACGUGACUUCACUGCCAAGGAUAUCCUGACAUUAUCUAUUAUGUCGGCUGUUACCCGCAAACGCAGAAAACCACGUAACGGCCGACUCCUGGGCAACAGCACAGAUGACGAUUCUGAGCAUGAGCCUGGUAAAUCAAGCGUCUCCGAAACAGACGAUUUACAAGAGAUGUGCCAAGUGGCAUCCUUCUCAGCCCCACGAGCGGAGGGAGAGGACGAUGAAGAUGAGGAGGAGGAGGAGGAGGAAGAAGCGCAAAGGCAGAAAGUGCAAGUGCUGAAGGAGAAGGAAGUUGUUCCCUGCAUUUCCGCAACAGAGGAAGCCACGCCUGUAGUGCUACUAAGUGAAGAGGAGGAGCAGAAGUCAGAGGUGAAAGGUCGCAGUUGGAGGGGAGACGACGCACGUUCAAUUGUUUCAGGAUACUCCACUCUUUCCACAUUAGGGCGGAGUUUAGCAUCAGAGGGGCGUGGCGAGGACGCAGAUGACGAACACAGUGAACUGAUCAGUGAAACUGACAACGAAAGCGGUUUCGCUUCGCGCUCCCUCACCCAGGAGCGCCCAGAGAAACCAUCUCGCUCCACCCAAAACCCAAACGCGUCACCCGAACCAGCCCCGCCGCGAAGUUACCUCUAUUCGCACUGUAAAUUGCCUACUCCCUCUAGCUCCACCUUCCAUCCGCCUACUCCUUCCAUCCACAUCACCCCCAACCCCGAAGACAGAGUGACUGAUGCCCGCUCCUCCACGCCCUCCAGCUCCUCAUCUGCUUCCCAGCGCCAACACAGCCGCCACUCCUUUAACUCCCAUCGGCUCAUACAGUGCGACACGCUGGCACGCCGUCGGCUUAAAGGAGACAAAACCAAAGCUUCUUCCAUGGACCUUUCAGACCUUUCCAGCUCCUCUGCAACCGAAGGGGGGAAGCGACCCACACAGGGUCAUGUUCCUGAUUCCAAUUCCAAAUCCCCCAAUGGUGUUGACGUGAGAAACGAGUGUACUGUGUCUGGAAACAAAAGCUGCUCUUCGUCUCCGGGACAGGGGUCCCUGGCAGAUCAGGUACGAGCUCGGCUCCUCCUGGGCUCAGCUGAGGACCUCCGCAACGUCGGGCUGAGGAAACAACUGUCGCCCGAGACACGCAGAAAGAAACGGGCGUGGAGGAGACACACAGUGGUGGUCUCCCCUACGGAUUGUUCCGACAAGACAGCUGCCCUCGCUCGCUCUAACAGCAACAAAAACCUACAAACUCAUUCCCCCAAACCACUAUCUUCACCCUCUGCUGAACGACGGGACAGUAGGGGGUCACAUCCUGAGAGAUUAGAGACUGAAGCCCUUAAUGCACGACGGGCAAUGCCUACCUCUCGCUUCCGUGAUUUCUUAUAACAGUGGAAGACAACUUUGUGUACAGGCUAGUGAACCAAAAGAUCUGUAUUUGGAUUUCGUUGUAGCGGUGUCUUCUAAAGUUACUUCUGCUAUCUGACAGCGAUAAAAUCCCUGUCAGAGCCCUCCUACUUAAAUGCAGAAAACGGCUAAAUCAUGAGGUGGAUCACACAUCCAGUCUUCACUCCCAUUGGUGGUUGAUACAUUGCGUCAUCGCUCUUUUGCGAUUCAACUCUCAUUGAAAAUGACUUUCGAUCGAGAAUACAGACUCGCCUUCUGUCCAAAAUCUAAUUUAUUUUACUGUUCUCAGACCUGCAUGGCAAAUGGGCUUUAAAUUGUUGCCAAAGUUCUUUUCUUUUGCGUGCUUGAUCAGUCACAUGAUAUCAUCUCCUGCUUUACUGCCAGGACACUCAUGUCACGGAGUGCUAUCUUCUCAACAAAAAAACCCAAAUGAACCAAUUCUCUAAAAGCGCCGGUACAGUAUUGGUUGAACAGUGUUAGCAAACAGAAACAGUGUUGAUUGUGACCGUAUAGUUUUAACACCAGGUGCAUAAUUUUACCCGUAGCUUUUAUGCUACAUUAAGAACAUAAGAGGCCGUGUGGUGCGUUCACCUUAUUCAUUUUGAGUAACGGUUCGUUGAUGAAAUCUCGUGUACGUGUGUAUGAGGUUGAGUGUGUGUGUCAAACAAUUUUGUAACAUUUGUACAAAGCCUUGCUUAAGUUAACCUUGUAAAUACACAUAUUAUAUUAUCAUUUCUUUUUUAUUUAGGUUUUAUAUGGUUUACAAAAGUGCACUUAGGUGCGCGGUCGUUUUUUUUUCAAGUUGUUACUUGAAAUGUUUUCUGAAAUAUUUUUGUUUGUUUGUUUUAUACACAGUAUAUAUAUUAUACAUAUAUUUUGUAUGAAUUGAAUAAGUACUUUUAUUUUGGAAAUCUUGGGGUGUAUGUGUUUUAACUCCGCUAGACUGUUUUUCCCCAGUUAAUGGCCUUUCUCUGUGACUUACGAAUACUAUGCAGAAAUCUAUACACCUCAAUGCAAAGAAAAGAGCUCUAACCUGCAAGGAGUGUCUGUCACAAGCUAUAAUAAAUUGUUAUUGCUGAGCAUA